UCGGGCUCCCUCCACACUUACGAGUUACACCAACUGGGACUCAGACCAGAGGAAAUCGUGUUCGUCGGUAGCCAAGGUACGCACGCCAAGACUCAUCCGCGGCAGACCGCGGCGAGGGAACGGGCAAGAAGGGAGUGAAAUCAAGGAGAAAGCUCAUAGGAACCACAGAGGGGUUUACUGCAAAACAAAAAACCCCACAGGUUUAGGGGCGAGAGGAGCGGGGACUGGCUGGCCCCGUAGAAGGAGUAGUAUUACGCGAAGCUAAUUUCCAACAUUUUAUAUUCUUGGCAGCGAGAGUGUGCUCUCCGAGCCACAUUUAUACAGAGAGCUAGCGGAAUGUAAUGCUAGCAGGCUAGCUGAUGUUAGCUAGCUAAUUAGCUCGUCAGACAUCCGAGAAUCGGACGUGUGAUCUUUAUUAAAAUAGGUCACUGCCGUCGUUUUUCUUUUUGGGAAAAGGGAAAACUGUACUUAAUGUGCAUUGUGUGGAAUUCUGCCAUGGUGGGAAAGGUCUGCCUCGCGUAGCUAACGCUAAGUUAGACAAUAAACAGUGCAAGCUUCUGUAUAUAUAUAUAUAUAUAUAUAUAUAUAUAUUGAUGAAAAUCCGUUCAGUAUCCGUCUGCAAGUCUUGGGAACAGCCAAAUCCAUUGUGAAUAUCGAGCCGUGGACGAACCAUAAAAAGGAAAAGGCAAAGGUAAAAAAAAAAAAAAGAGAGAGAGAGAGACUUUUGAUUGGUGACUGUCUCCCGUCCAAUGUUAAUGUCGACCGACGUUGCAUCUAUUAUGCUACCCGUUAGUCGGGGAAUAAUGGACCGGGAAAGGGACAUUGAUACAGCAGCCGGACCCCAUGCAAACGCGGCCGGGGGUCCAGCCGUAGUCCGGGGGAUGAAGCGAGGAGAUCCGGAGCCCGACGCUCAGACUGCCGCUGCCCUUACUGACUUGUCCGGGGCGGAGUGCAAAAGACCAAGGAUAGACGGGACCGGGAGUGUUGUUGUUGGUGACAUUGGACAGAACAAUGAGCCUUUAAAUCCCGGUUUCCAUGGAUACCAACCUCACAGUCAGGGCUCUCAGGAUUCAACAGGAGGACAGGAGGGUUUAGUGGCCCCACCCGUUGCAGCAUUCCCCCCUCCACCCCCUCCUCAAAACGGGCUGCCAGGAACAGAGUUUGGCCCUGGGGCCAUGUUUGGUGCUGGAGGCCAAGGUACACCAGAGGUAGGGGCCGGUGCAAAUGGAGCCCCCACCGCCACCAACAACAACAGCAGCAAUGUAAAGACAGAGGAGACAUCUCAGGGUGAGGCAGGGGUACAGUGUGGUACAGGAGGGACAGGAGCAGGAGGCUCCGCAGGAGACUCGACAGAGGCCAAAGGGACCCCCAAACGCCUACACGUCUCAAACAUCCCCUUCCGCUUCCGGGACCCAGACCUCAGGCAGAUGUUCGGGCAAUUCGGGAAGAUCCUGGAUGUUGAGAUUAUUUUCAAUGAGAGGGGUUCAAAGGGUUUUGGCUUUGUGACAUUUGAGAACAGCGCAGACGCAGAGAAAGCCAGGGAAAAGCUCCACGGCACGCUGGUGGAAGGUCGUAAGAUUGAGGUGAAUAACGCCACUGCCAGGGUGAUGACUAACAAGAAGAUGGUCAGCCCUUAUCCUAAUGGAGAGGCUCUCAGCACACUACCCUAUGCGGGGUGGAAGUUGAGUCCUGUGGUGGGAGCCAUGUAUGGACCAGAGAUCUACGCAGUUCCUGGGUUUCCAUACCCUACGGCGGCAGCAGCAGCCACAACAGCAGCGGCGGCGUUUCGCGGUGCCCACCUCAGGGGCCGAGGUCGGCCCGUCUACAGUGCUGUGCGGGCUGCUGUGCCUCAGCCCGCCAUCCCUGCCUAUCCUGGACUAGUGUUUCAGGACUCAGUCCUUAGUCCCAGAUUGCCUCAGGGAGGCUACCCGGCUGCUGCUGCCGCCGCCGCCGCCGCCUAUCGCUACGCCCAGCCCGCGGCUGCGGCUGUGACCGGAGCGACCGCUGCUGCCUACAGUGACAGUUAUGGCCGGGUGUACACUACAGAUCCGUACCACGCUUUAGCUCCAGCGGCUGCUGCUUACGGAGUGGGGGCCAUGGCCAGUUUAUACCGGGCGGGAUACAGUAGGUUUGCUCCGUACUAAAACCACAAAUCACACCCAAGGAAUUUCACUUUGCUCCAAAACCCUUUUCCAAGCUCUUUGCUUGGCAGGAGCCUCCCUUCCAUUUUUUUUUUUUUUUUUUUUUUUCCUGCAGGCAGAUUAUAGCGACAACCCUUUUUGUUUUUCUUCCUCUCGUGGCAAGAGAAGUCACUGCCACAUCAUCAACUCAAACUCAGUUUCUGGACUCUUCUGUCUGUAACUGACAUGGAAGUAAUGAGACACACACACACAACAAAAAAAAAAAAAAA